UUAGGGCUUUCUGCCUCGGGCGCAUGAGCGCGCACGCCGCAAUUGUUGAUGGGCGCGCGGAAAAUGAUGAUGAGAGCGUGACCUCACCGCUUUCUGCACAGCUGCUGGAGAGAGGAGGAGGAGGAGGAGGAGGAGGCAGUGAGAAACAGAAACACGCUGAGGGAGACAGACGGAGACCCAGAACAGCGGACAACACUCAAAACACACAAGGAGCUCCGUAUUGGCGAGAGAGAAAAAAGGGGGGUGGACACCAUCGAGGUGCGUCCGUGGGCACCUUCCCAACCACCGGGCUUCACCUCCAAGAAUGUUCUGUUUUCCUCAGCAAAAGUCCCCGCGGCGCAUCCACGCACACUGAAGCCCAGAUGCUCGCCCUCUCCGCCGACAUGGACGACUCUUCGUCGCUGCUGGAUCUGCUGGAGUGCUCGGUGUGCCUGGAGCGCCUGGACACCACGGCCAAGGUGCUGCCGUGCCAGCACACCUUCUGCCGCCGCUGCCUGGAGAACAUCGUCAGCUCCAGGAACGAGCUCCGCUGCCCGGAGUGCCGCAUCCUGGUGGACUGCGGGGUGGACGACCUGCCGGCCAACAUCCUCCUAGUUCGCCUCCUGGACGGCAUCAAGCAGCGGCCCCAGCGAGGGAGCGCAGGAGGCGGAGGCGGCGGACGGCAGUCUCUAGUCGGUGGUUCGCUGCAUGGGUACGCAGCCGGGAUAUCCGCCUCCCCUCCGGGAACCGCAGUCAGAGAGCUGCCCGUGGCCACCAGGAGCUCCCCUGUCAAGAAUAUCCCAGCACUGCCUUGCGGUAAAGCACUCUACUCAUAUGAGGGCAAGGAACCAGGCGACCUACAGUUUUCCAAGGGUGAUAUCAUCAUCCUGAGGCGCAAGGUGGAUGACAACUGGUACCACGGGGAGCUCAACGGUUGCCAUGGCUUCUUGCCAGCUAGUUACAUCCAGCUGCUGCGUCCCCUGAGUCAAACUCCACCUCAGGGCAAAGCUUUGUACGACUUUGAGGUCAAAGACAAAGACCAGGAUAAAGACUGCCUGGCCUUCAGCAAGGACGAGGUGCUGACAGUAAUCAGACGAGUAGACGAGAACUGGGCAGAAGGCAUGCUGGGAGACAAGAUUGGCAUCUUCCCCAUUCUUUACGUUGAGUUAAACGAAACAGCGAAGCAGCUGAUGGAGAUUGACAAACCUACGCCAGCUAAUGCGCCGGGUCCCAGCUCUGAGCCAGCCCCCUUGGGUCCCUGCACUCCUGGCCCCUCCCCCAGUGCCUCGCCGUCUAAUGGAAAUGGCUCCGGCCACCGGAGAGGCGAGGGGAAGAAGAAUGCGAAGAAGCGUCAUUCUUUCUCUGCGCUGUCUGUGAGCCAGAGGGCCGCCCAGCUCAACAACAGACACAGCAUGGAGAUCUCCCACCCGGUCCUCAUCAGCUCCUCCGACCCCAGAGCGGCCGCACGUAUCCAGGAUGCAUCUCCGCCAGGUCCCUCUCCUUCCUCAGUGGGGGUCCCGCUGCCCCCCAAAGUGGCGUCUCUCACCUCUGAGCUGCUGGCCCAUGCCAAGGUGCAGCUGCCACUCAACAUAUAUUUGGCUCUAUACGCCUACAAGCCCCAGAAAGCCGACGAGCUGGAGCUAAGGAAAGGGGAGAUGUACCGAGUGACAGAGAAGUGUCAGGAUGGAUGGUUCAAAGGCACCUCACUAAGAACUGCUGCCUCUGGUGUCUUCCCAGGAAACUAUGUCACUCCCGUUUCCAGGGCUCCAUUUGGACUCGUGUCUCCUCGAGGUUCAAGUUUGUCCAGUCCGGUUGGAGGAGGGGGUAGCGUGUGCAGUCAAGCGGCGGGUAAAAUCUCAGACCCCUCAUCCCCGGGGUCUUCAGGCCCCUCUUCGUCGCGCCCCUCCACGCCACUUGUGACAUCAGCAAACUGCGUCAACAGCGUCAGCCCCGCGUCCUCGCCCCAAACCGCCGCCGCCCAGCUGAAGAACUGCCUGCGCUCCAGCCAGCAUGUGGCCAACCAGGCCCGCACCUCAAUGCAGCUGGUCCACAGUCCUCCCGCCGGCAGUCCAGAGCGCCCAGCUGUGGCCAUCUCCCCCCUGCGUCCCCAGAGCUCGUCUCCCUCGCGCUGCCCCGGCCAGUCGGGUCGUCCUCUCUCCAUGGUGUCUCCAGGACCCAGUUUAGGCCCCUCCCCGCUCUCCUCCCCAGCUUCGCGGCCCAUCCUCCCCCUCUCCUCCCCUCUCUCCUGUCUCACACCUCCCAACGUCUCAGCGGUGUUCCUCAACGGUGAGCCGGCCAGUCCGCUGCAGCCACCUUCUCCCGGUCCCUCCCACGCUCCCACCCAAGGCGCCCUGGCACCCAAAGUGGAGAAGAAGGAGAGGAAAGCAGCAGGUUUGCUGAAGCUCUUGUCAGGGGCCGCAGCCAAAAAGAAACCACGGUCGCCCCCCUCCUCUCCACCCACACACGACCCCUCGCUGCCAGGCCAGGGCGCUGGGGCCACCGAGCCAACCCACCACCCUCCCCACAUUCACCACCACGGCCGCUCGGGCUCCUGCCCGUUGACGUCACAAGGCCGAGCCGGCUCGUGCCCCAUCGAGAGCGAUAUGGCGGGGGCAAUAGGGCUCGAGCCGCUGCACAGGAAGUCCGGGUCCCUGGAUACCAACUUCCCCAUGUCGCCUCCAGCAACACGAGCUGGCAGCGCUCUAAUGGUCCUCCGGCCUGAGCCCAAACCUUUGUCAAGAGAGAGGUACCGCGUGGUCGUUCCUUACCCUCCUCAGAGUGAGGCAGAGAUUGAACUGCGGGAAGGGGACGUGGUGUUCGUACAUAAGAAGAGGGAGGACGGCUGGUACAAAGGAACCCUGCAGAGGACGGGACAGACCGGCUUGUUUCCGGGCAGCUUCGUCGAGAGCUUCUGAGAUGCGAGACGGGGACAAAAGAGUUUGUUCCUGUCUGAGUGGCGCACACAAAACCAUGCUACAUCAACACACGCAGCAUCUACACCGAGGUUGGGCUGAUAUCGGUUUCACAGAUUCC